GUAACGGACACUUUGCGAAAUCUGCUCUCGACUGGCUCGGCGUAAAAUCAUUUUUCUAUUUUAAUCGCCCCACGAUUAUCAGGAUUUAACGAAUUGUGGUGUUAGCUGCGCGAAACAACGAUCCUUCUCGGGCGCCUUCGUAAAACGAGCGAGUGUCACGGGACAACCCGUCGUUAAAAUAAAACCAACCGAGCUCGCACGUCCUGCGUAGUAGUUCGUGCACGCGUUAGUCCCCGGUCAGCUGAUCCGACACAAAAGAAACGUGUCGGCCAUGUCGUCCGCGGCACCGCGCGUCUUCUCGCGUCCGGUAUCCGCGUGAGGAACGGCGUGGCUUUCACAGCGUCACGCGACACCGAGUCGAGACGCGAUAGAGCGGUGUCCCGUGUCCGUGCACCACGUGCAAGUCGUCUCGGUCGAGCCCGACGAGUCCGCGAUGAGUCGCCAAGUCGUCCUGAGGCUUUACAAGGACAUUUUGAGAUACGGCGAGACUGUGAGGUUCACGAACAAGAAGUACUUUCGCGACAGGAUCCAGACGGCUUUCAGACGUAACAAGGGCCUGUCCGACGAGGCGGCGAUAGACUUCCAAUUGAAGAAGGGCAUGAAGUUCUUGGAAGCCAAGAGAGUGGUGUAGUUCGCUGCGCCGGGAGACGCAUGAGAAUUCAAGGCAGAGU